GCUGUCGUGCGACUUCCGUAUGACCUUGACUUUGGCUGGACGCGGUAAAUCAACCGUUCCUCAAUUCCCUUUCAUUUCCAUUCUAUUAACGGAAAAUCAAUAUUUUAAAAAGAAACAAAAAAAUCUGCAAACACAUACAUAAAUGCCGCAGACUCACUCUGCAACACAGCUUAAAUCCCGCUUCUUCAUCAAUUCCUCCCCUUCUCUCUCUCGUUUCCAUUGACAUUUUUCAACUGUUUUUCUUCCAAGUUUCUUGUACUCUCAAGGAAAGUCCAAGAAGUCGCCAAUUACAGCAAGUUCUUCCCUGCAUUGUUGCCGAGGAAGCUAUGUAUCGUUUUCGGUGAUUCAUAUCGUCCUCUUCAGAGCUUUCAAUUGCGAUCUCCAGGUCUUGGGCUGAAUCGCCUGUAAAUUUACAGGUCUAUCUUUCUGUAAAAGCAGAGGCUGGUACAACAAGAUGAAUUCUAGUAGAAAUGGUGAGGUUCACGCAGACAGUGUUUGCAAUGAAACAGCCAUGGAUAAGCCUUUAAAAAUCUUUGUGGGGUAUGAUCCCCGCGAAGACCUUGCCUUCGAGGUGUGUCGGUACUCCGUCUUGAAGCGAUCUUCAAUUCCUGUUGAGGUUAUACCCAUCAAACAAGCAGAUCUGAGGAAGAGCGGCCUGUACUGGCGUGACCGAGGCCAAUUUGAGAGCACUGAGUUCUCAUUUUCUCGGUUCUUGACUCCACACUUGGCCAAUUUUGAAGGCUGGGCAAUGUUUGUGGACUGUGACUUUCUAUACUUAGCUGACAUUAAGGAAUUGAGAGACCUGGUUGAUGAAAACUACGCCAUUAUGUGUGUUCAGCAUGACUACACCCCAAAAGAGACCACCAAGAUGGAUGGGGUUGUGCAAACUGUUUACCCGAGGAAGAAUUGGUCUUCCAUGGUUUUGUAUAAUUGUGGCCACCCGAAGAACCGGGCAUUGACGCCUGAGGUUGUGAACUCGCAAACCGGUGCCUUCCUUCAUAGGUUUCAAUGGCUCGAUGAUCAUGAAAUCGGGUCGGUACCAUUUGUGUGGAAUUUUCUUGUGGGACACAACAAGGUCGAUAAGAAUGAUCCUGCAACAUUCCCAAAAGCAAUACAUUACACUCUAGGAGGCCCAUGGUUUGAAUCUUGGAAGAAUUGUGAGUUUGCAGACCUGUGGCUGAAUGAAAUGGAAGAGUACAUGAAGGAAGCUGACGAGACACUCAAGAGAUAAGUGAGAAGCAGAUCAUGGCAUAUUAUUCUGAAUUUUAGAUGUAGUAGCAAGGACAAUUGUUCUCUCCUUGUAGUAUUGUUGAGUAUCCUAUUUGUUAUUUGUACUCUUAGAUAUCUAAUGUUUUAUGGAAGAACAGAUUUCUCCUUAAAGUAGUUAUAAUUAAGUAGGCAUUGCAGCCAUUUAUGCCUUAUAUCUGUAAUGAUUUAUUGUUUGCUUAUAAAUCAUUUAGUGUACACCUUCUAGCUUGUUAUGAAAGUCUAUUGAUUGUAAUAAAAGCUAUUUUGCUUUCUCCUUC